GUCGUUACACAUAAAGAAAUGCUGCAUUUCUUUUCAUUAACUACCCGCUCACUGGCGAUAGCCAAACCUAAUGCACGUCAUUGUUUGAUGCCCUCAGCUAAAUUUUCUCCGUAUUUAAGUAACAAGUUAGUUACUGCGUUAGAUUUACUUUCAUGACUCUCACUUUCAUCAUCCUUUUCUGCCCGGUCACAUAUUAUAUUGCAUGUCCGAUAACUGAAUAAGAUUUUAAACACUUCAGUUGUUGGCGUAAUCAUGUCUCCAACCAAAAUAAGCCCUCGAAAAGACAUGGUUUCAGCAGCUGAAGGAUAUCCAACAUAUGAAGACAUAAACAAAGCCAAACUACGCUAUCAACCACAAGAAGAUCUACUUCAUGACUCCAAGAUGACUCAAGAGGCUUUUGGGACCAUCAGAGCCUUUUCAAAGACUCAGAAUAGCAGUCUAUUGUCUUUCUUAGACCAACCAACAAAGGAACCUGAUAUUAACAACGACCUCUCUACACGCCAUACAGAGAAUUAUUAUGACGAUAGCCGUUUUAAGGAGGCCAUAAAGAGCCGCUUAUCUUUAGGAAACCAUUUUACUGUAUCAGAUAACCUCAAAUUUAUAUUGAAUUGCUGUAUGUGGUAUUUGUCUUCUUCACUCACAAACAACAUUGGCAAAUCCAUCAUGAAUGCAUUUCAGUUUCCAGUCACUCUUACUUUUGUGCAAUUUGGUUUAGUUGCUUUUUGGUGUUAUCUUGUAUCCAUUGUGUUUAAAGCAACCCAUAUUCGAUCACCUACACAUGAAAUCAUAAAGACAAUUGCACCAUUGGCUAUUUUCCUUAUUGUGGGGCAUAUAUUCUCUAGCGUGGCUAUCAGUCGAGUACCUGUGAGUUUAGUACACACAAUUAAGGCACUUGCUCCUUUGUUUACAGUAGCUUUUUACAGGUUUAUUUUCCAUGUACGCUAUUCAGAAAAAGUCUAUAUUUCAUUGUGCCCAUUGACAUUGGGUGUCAUUCUGGCCUGUUCAUUCACAUUUUCCAAUAAUUUUGUUGGUUUGGCCUGUGCUUUGGGUUCUUGUCUUGUGUUUGUGACACAGAAUAUCUUUAGCAAAAAACUACUGUUUAAAGAAUCCAAGUUAGGUGACCGAAAUCCAAAUAAGCUGGAUAAGCUCAAUGUCUUGUUCUAUUCUUCCUUAUUGUCAUUCUUACUUAUGGCUCCAUUGUGGCUCUUUUAUGAUGGUAACAGUCUUUUAACAACACAGAAACAAGACAGUGAUAUGACCACUUCCACUCUCCUUUUUUACUUUUUUGUCAAUGGCACCAUGAAUUUUGCUCAAAAUUGGUUUGCAUUCACAACGCUUAGUUUGACUUCACCUGUGACCUAUUCUAUUCUGUCCUUGUUAAAGCGUAUCUUUGUGAUUGUAAUGAGCAUUGUAUGGUUUGGACAACAAAUUACAUGGACACAAGGCAUUGGUAUUCUUUUGACAUUCCUUGGCUUAUACAUGUAUCAGAAUGCAAAGAGUGAUGUAGACAAAGGCGAGACCAAGAUUAGAGAGAAUGCAAUAGAUCUGCUUCCAAUGCAGAAUACACUAGCAGAAAAAAGUUUUUGGAUACCCAACAAUGAUAUGAAAAGUCUUUAGGCACAAAUAAAUUUCGCCCCUUUUUUAUU